AUGUUGAUCUUCCCCACAAUUGCCACUCUUGUGGCUCUCUCAGCCUCGUCCACCGCCAUUCUGCACCCCCGCUCUAUCACUCCCCCAGAGGGAUGUCCUAUCCCCACCUGGGAAGUUACCACCUUCCAUUGGUACAACGGGUCAAAGAGCCUGGACUGCGUCCAUAACCAGGCAGACAUCAACUUCAAAGAUUGUCUAUGCGGCAAUGGCUGGUGUGCCCCCGACCCUGCCACCUGCAACGGUAGCAUGGUCAAUGUUUGCUGGACCGGAAUGCCCAAUUACCAACCCUGGGGAUAUGGUCCGCCUGAAACCCUUGACAUCGACUUUGCCGAUGGGUUGACCUGCCACGACGAGUACAUCGGGUAUCGAGUUCAUGACAUCGGGAACGGAGCAUCUAAUUGUGGAUACGCGGAUCGGGGCGAGGGAAGGAUCGUCUCGUUCUAUGGCAGCUCCAAUUAUGCGAUUUCUACGGGGCAUAUGGAUUAUGUCUUGGGGGAUGGGCAUGCGCUGGAAUGUGCGAACGGUAGCUUGAUUACCUAUUCUGGUAGUACGGAUUUCACUUUGACAUGCACGCAUGAUCAGUAUUUAAAUGCAACAUGUACGGCGCCAGAUUUUGUUAUUCCAGUGUUGAGUUAUGAGUGGGUGUCCUAG